UCCGAACGAACAGAAAUGGGGAAGAGGGCAGAAACGAGAAAUGAAGGAGAUGGCACUGACCCACGAGCAUCGCCCAAUCAGAGGCCGAACACUUGCUGCUUCUGCUGGUGCUGUUGCUGCAGCUGUUCAUGUCUCUCUGCUAGGAAAGAAGAGAGAGAGGAGACAGCAGGCAGACCUACAGAAGAAACUAAAAUGGAAACUACCGAUGUCCUGGAGGAGACAAGCAAUCCACUGCCCUCACUGGAGGAAAUCACAUCCUGGACUCAGGGUUUCGACAAGGUGAUGAGGACUGAAGCCGGCAGAAACGUUUUCCGUGAGUUUCUGCGGACGGAGUACAGUGAGGAGAACAUGCUCUUUUGGCUAGCAUGUGAAGACUUCAAAAAGGAAAAGAACACGAAGGUGGUUGCAGAAAGAGCAAGGACAAUAUACGAAGAUUACAUUUCAAUACUGUCUCCAAGAGAGGUGAGUCUUGACUCUCGUGUGCGAGAAAUAGUCAACAGGAAUUUGAUGAAUCCAUGCCCUCUUAUGUUUGAGGACGCUCAGCUACAGAUAUACAGCCUAAUGCACAGGGAUUCCUUCCCUAGGUUCUUGAACUCUGAGAUGUACAAGUCUCUCAUUGAAAAGCCUAAGACUUCCCCUGACACUAGCCCUGAUGUUGAAAGCUAA